AUGGGGAAGAGCAGCCUCCGCACUCGGCCGCCUCCUCCGCCCGAAGACGCCCUCCGAGCGGCCCCUCCCCACUCGGCGGCUCGGCGGCGGCUCCCCGGCGGUCGGCGCGGAGUCCUGUCGCUGUUCACAGCGUCACCUCCCGGCUUCGGAAGCCUGACGGAACUGCAGCGGGCACGGCGGCUCCGCUUCACCGUGAGCCCAGGGCCCGGAGCCGGGCGCCCAGGGAGCGCAGAGCGCAGGCGGAGCGCGGCUCCAGCCUCGGCCGAGAGGACUCCGCACGCGGUUAGGGCUGCGAGCGGGACCCGCCGUCCGGCGCCUGAGGGCGGGAGGACUACAACUCCCAGCGGUCUGCGCGGCGCUUUGCUCCUUUUCCGCCGUGGUGCUGGCGAGUCCUCGCACCGAGCCGCUGCUCUGCCGCAACGCACGCCCAUCCUCCUCCCACCCCGCCUUGGCGUCGCCGCCGUUGGCCCCGCACGCACCACAGCCUCUUGCCGAGGCCACGGGAUGUUGGGAGCGGCUCGGAGCUGCCGGGCCUCCCGGCCUGCUGGGACUAAGGCCCGGAAGGCCGGGUCGGCCGCAUGCGCGGUGAGAAGGGCCGGAGCCCGGCGGGGCCGCACAUGCUCCCGCCCCGCCCCGCGUGUCCCUGCUCUGCGGGGCGACGGGCUGCCCCCAAGUGUCCUGGCAGCGUCUGCUACUAAAGAAUCCAAGGAUACCAAGGUGUUGCUGUCCUUUAGACAAGAUCUGUUCCCAGUAAAGUUGUCCUUGUCUGUGAUUAUGGAUCCAUAGUUGGGUAAGUUGGCUACCUGAAACUUCCAUAGCUUCCUUGCAGCUUUGAGUAGUGCUUGAGCUUUGUGAAUCCUGAGUAGUGUAGUGAAUCAGUAUAAGCCUACUCAGGCCUUUGGGAAAGUCUUAGCUUUUUCAUACAUCAUUUACACCUGAUCUCCGUGUGUGCCCUACUAGCUGUUAAUAGCCAGAAGAUAAAAAUUUGCCCACUCUGUUGGAAGGCCAAGAGCACAUGUGCUAGAAGAUACCAGAUGCCAAAGCCCUGCACCCCUUUGGUGGCAAGGGCUGGUUGCUGUGAGUGCACUGUAAUGGUUUGAGCUCAUGCUGAAGUUUGGGGAAACCUCAAACCAUGGAAUCUUACUGGCCCCUGUCCUGGGAGAAUGGGAGAUGGGUUGGGUAAAAAGAGAUAGUUCAUCUAGCAGGUUUUUUAGGCUGACUGGUCCAGGAUGAAACCUAAUCUGAGUGGACAUCUAUGGAUGAUAAAUGCGGAUAUGGGACUGAGACCAGCUCUUCAGAAAAACCCAGCGUGGCAUUAAUUAAUUGGGGAUGUUAACACGCUGGCUUAUACUUCCUUUUUAGGAGAGAAACACUAUGGGAUGAGGCAAGUUGAAAGACAACAGAUGAUUCUAGUGAAGAAUCACGACCUCUGUAUUUCUGUGAAUGCUGGCACAGGGCAUGUAAGUGACCAAUAAAAAAUUUGGAGUA